AUGAAGUUCCUCGGUCUCUUACUACUUCUUUUUGGCCAGCUAGCCGUCGCUGCCGGUCCGUCUCACGCCUUUGAAACGGUCUUGUAUUACUACAUUGCCUACCGGCUGGAAUGGAAGAUGUACGGGCAGUCUCAGAGGCUGCUGUACCCUGUGAGAUCUCCCAUUCCGACCAAAGAAGGCGAUCUCAUCACAUUCCCCAAAAAUGUCGGUCCAGAUGGCAACAUGCUGCCAUUCACCGACUUCGUCUGCCGGUAUAUGAACAACCCAAAAGCCAAGUGCAACGUCCAACUGGACCUCGACAAUCCUGAGCGAACGGGAGAGUUGUUACUAGAGGAGGGAAACAACGGCGCUGCGAAGAUCCCAGAUAUGAGGGGGGUUCCCCAAGGCGACAUGUACGAGAUCAACGAGAAGAAUGAUGCGGAAAUCUCACCCAAAUUGAAGUACUACAACAGCUUCACCGAAGACCUCGCCCAAACAUUCAAUGCCGCCGCCAAGAAAUACGGUACAUCCACUUCCAGCGAGGUCUACAAGGAACUUGCCGCUGUUGAGCCUCUUUUGAAUCGUAUUCUCAAGGUACGUUCAGAGGAUAUACAGACAAAGCAAAAUAUUCGAAAGACUUUUGUGGAAGCCUUUUUGAAAGACAGUACUUUCAAAAGCUACAAAGGCUCAGUGGACCCUGCGGAUAUGCUGAAGAACGCAAAGCUCUGGCAAGUAGUCAAGAAGGUAUCGCCGUAG